CGGGCAGCUUUGCCGGGAGGACCCGAGCUCAUUGUGGACGAGGGAGCCGAAGUGCCGCUGGAGCGAAGCGCGUUCGGCGGAUUUACUGAUUUACUGAUUUGUCCUUCUGUGUUUUUCUGAUUUGUUUAUUUGUUUUAAUCGGCGCGGCUCCGCUGAUCACACACGGGGAUCUGCUUCACUCAGACGGGGUUUGACGCUCGGACUGCAGGAUGAUCACUUCAGCCGCUGGUAUCAUUUCCCUCCUGGACGAGGAUGAACCUCAGCUGAAGGAGUUUGCACUCCACAAGCUGAACUCCAUCGUCAAUGACUUCUGGGCUGAGAUUUCAGAGUCUGUGGAUAAAAUUGAGGUCCUGUAUGAAGAUGAGACGUUCCGUAGCAGAGAGUUCGCCGCCCUGGUGGCCUCAAAAGUAUUUUACCACCUUGGUGCUUUUGAAGAGUCCCUGAACUACGCUCUCGGUGCCGGUGAUCUUUUCAAUGUCACUGAUGAUUCUGAAUAUGUGGAGACGAUCAUUGCCAAAUGUAUUGAUCAUUACACCAAGCUGCGCGUGGAGAACGCAGAGCUGCCGGAGGACGAGGAGAAAAAGAGCAUCGAUCCUCGUCUGGAGGGCAUCGUUAACAAGAUGUUCCAGCGCUGCCUUGAUGACCACAAGUACAAGCAGGCCAUCGGGAUAGCUUUGGAGACGAGGCGCCUGGACAUCUUUGAGAAGACCAUCCUUGAGUCGAACGAUGUCAGUGGGCUGCUGGCCUACAGCCUGAAGAUCUGCAUGACGCUAAUGCAGAAUAAAAAGUUCCGUAACGAGGUUCUCAGAGUCCUCGUCAAGCUCUACAUGAACCUGGAGAAGCCUGACUUCAUCAACGUUUGCCAGUGCCUGAUCUUCCUGGAUGAUCCCCAAGCAGUGAGUGAUAUCCUGGAGAAGCUGGUGAAGGAGGAUAACCUCCUGAUGGCGUAUCAGAUUUGCUUUGACCUGUACGAAAGCGCUAGCCAACAGUUCCUGUCUUCAGUCAUCCAGAACCUGCGCACUGUCGGUACUCCGAUCCCUGCCGUCCCAGGGUCCACCAACACCGGCACUGUGCCAACUCAGGAUAAAGACAGUGAUGCCAUGGAGACAGAUGACAAGGCUGGCAGUUCCCCUGCUGGAAAAGCGGCAGAUGGGAAGGACGAGCCAAAGGACCAGAACUCAAAAAUGAUCAAGAUUCUCAGCGGCGAAAUGGCCAUCGAGCUACAUCUACAGUUCCUCAUUCGAAACAACAACACAGACCUAAUGAUCCUCAAAAACACAAAGGAUGCAGUACGAAAUUCAGUAUGCCACACAGCAACGGUCAUAGCAAACUCCUUCAUGCACACGGGAACCACAAGUGACCAGUUUCUCAGAGAAAAUCUGGAAUGGCUUGCGAGAGCCACAAACUGGGCGAAGUUCACAGCGACAGCAAGUCUUGGUGUCAUUCAUAAGGGUCAUGAAAAAGAAGCCCUGCAGUUAAUGGCCACUUACCUGCCGAAAGACACCUCACCUGGCUCAGCCUACCAGGAAGGAGGUGGUCUUUAUGCUCUCGGGCUGAUCCAUGCCAACCACGGAGGGGACAUCAUUGAUUAUCUCCUCAGUCAACUGAAAAACGCAAGCAAUGACAUUGUCCGUCACGGUGGUGCACUUGGUCUUGGACUAGCUGCCCUUGGCACUGCCCGACAAGAUGUGUAUGAUCUGCUCAAAUCAAACCUCUACCAGGAUGAUGCAGUUACAGGAGAGGCUGCUGGGCUGGCUCUUGGUCUGGUCAUGCUGGGCUCCAAGUCCGCUCAGGCUAUCGAGGACAUGGUGGGUUACGCCCAGGAGACCCAACAUGAGAAGAUCCUGCGCGGACUGGCGGUGGGCAUCGCGCUGGUCAUGUAUGGCAGGAUGGAGGAGGCGGAUGCUCUGAUUGAGAGCCUGUGCAGGGAUAAAGAUCCUAUUCUCCGUCGCUCAGGAAUGUACACAGUGGGCAUGGCGUACUGCGGCUCUGGGAACAACAAGGCCAUCCGACGCCUGCUGCAUGUGGCCGUGAGUGAUGUGAAUGAUGACGUGCGUAGAGCAGCUGUCGAGUCUAUUGGCUUCAUCAUGUUCAGGACUCCUGAGCAGUGUCCCAGUGUGGUCUCCCUCCUUUCUGAAAGCUACAACCCUCACGUCCGCUACGGGGCAGCCAUGGCUCUGGGCAUCUGCUGCGCUGGCACCGGCUACAAGGAAGCCAUAAACCUGUUGGAGCCCAUGACCAACGACCCGGUGAACUACGUCAGGCAGGGAGCCCUCAUCGCCUCAGCCCUCAUCAUGAUCCAGCAGUCAGAGGUCACCUGCCCAAAGGUCAACCAGUUCAGACAGCUGUAUGCCAAGGUGAUCAACGAUAAACAUGAUGACGUGAUGGCCAAGUUUGGAGCCAUCCUGGCUCAGGGCAUCUUGGACGCAGGUGGCCGAAACGUGACCAUCUCCCUGCAGUCCCGUACUGGACACACCCACAUGCCGUCCGUGGUGGGUUUGCUGGUCUUCACUCAGUUCUGGUUCUGGUUCCCACUUUCACACUUCCUGUCUCUGGCCUUCACACCUACAGCCAUCAUUGGCCUCAACAAGGACCUGAAGAUGCCGAAGGUUCAGUAUCGAUCCAACUGUAAACCCUCCACCUUUGCCUAUCCUCCAGCGCUGGAGGUGCCCAAGGAGAAAGAGAAGGAGAAGGUCUCCACCGCUGUGCUCUCCAUCACUGCCAAAGCCAAGAAGAAGGAGAAGGAAAAAGAGAAGAAAGAGAAGGAGGAGGAGAAGAUGGAAGUGGAGACGCAGGAGGCUGAGAAAGAGAAGAAAGACGAAGAGAAGGAGAAAGAGAAGAAGAAAGAGCAGGAGCCCAACUUCCAGAUGCUGGAGAACCCGGCCAGAGCGAUGCCCGCACAGCUCCGAGUGCUGACCAUGCCUGAGAACUGUCGCUACCAGCCAUUCAAACCGUUACACACAGGUGGCAUCAUCAUCCUAAAGGACACCAGCGAAGAAGAGGAGGAGCUUGUGGAGCCAGUCUCCGCCCAUGGCCCCAAGAUUGAAGAAGAGGAACAGGAGCCAGACGCCCCGGAGCCAUUUGAGUACAUAGAUGAGUGAAUGUCCCCAUAUAGGUGGUGAAACCAUUAGAAUCCCAGCAUGCACUUCUUUGUGUCCUGCCCUCCACCCGACCUCUUCUUAUUUUACACGUUCCUUCCUCCCUUCCUGACCUCGCUGCCGUACGGCGAAUGUUUUACAUUAUUAUUUUCUGUCCUUACAAUAAAAGAGAUCUAUUGGACACUG